AUGUUUGGUAUUUUUGAAGACGAUUGGUGCCAUUUGCGGUUCACCUGCCAAGGCAAAAUACUCCGACAAGCAGACGCCGAAGACGUGAUAAAUGGCAACACAGACGAUUACCACACGUGCGAAGUACCUGAGAGGGUAGAAGAGAACCAGCGAUACACACAUAUUGCUUUAAACGAAUCAGCUCAAGAACUCAAUCUCAACGACAUAGAACUAUUACAGAACAUAGGACAUGGUCACUUUGGCGAGGUUUUCAAAGCCAUUUUAAAAACCACCAAUGCUGCCGUUGCUGUAAAGCUGUUGAAAGAACAGUACACAGAAGUUGACAAAAGAGACUUCUUCAGAGAAAUAGAUACCAUGCAGUUAGUGCCUCAGCACGAAAAUGUGGUUGUCAUGUUGGGAUUCUGUAAAUCAGCAGCCCGUGCGUUCCUUGUGUUAGAGUACCUUGGCAAUGGUAACCUUAAGACAUAUCUCCAUAAAAGCCGCAGUCACAACACCUAUAGUAAUCUGCAUGGCGGAAGUAGUAAACUGACGUCACAGAAUAUAUUGUCAUAUGCUCUAGAUUCUGCCAAAGGAAUGGCUCACAUAUCUAGAUAUAAGUUCCUGCACCGGGACUUGGCCGCCAGGAACAUACUGGUCAGUGACACCAUGGUGUGUAAGGUGUCCGACUUCGGUCUGGCUCGUGACGUCAUUGACAGCAGGGAGUAUCUCAGCAGAAUGGAGAGCCCUCUCCCUAUCCGCUGGAUGGCGCCAGAAUCCAUUUCUGCCAGCGUUUAUACCACUAAGAGUGAUGUGUGGUCGUUUGGCGUUCUUCUCUGGGAGAUUGUCACUUUAGGAGCUACCCCC